AAAAUUUUGUCAGCUUCCCGAGACGUUUAGAAAUCUUUAUGGUGAAAAGUUUCAAAAAAUGAAGUGUUACAAUGCUUCACCGGGGUGAAGGCCCUAAAACACUCGCAAAAGCAGAUUCAGUCUUCUCAGGAACGACCAAUCUUCAAAAAUAACGAUGAUCCUAAAAUAACCAUCGAACUCCUCAUUUUAGACACACGUAGAAACCAUCGUGAUCCGCUAGCUUGAUUCCUUUCCAGUCAAAAAUGAGUUCCGAUGAAUUCCCUCCCCGGUUUUAAAGUUUGAUAAAAGAUGGUCGUCAAGACACGCUCGAACCCGAAAAACCGCGCCCUCCGCUGUAUCGACACCUCGAAUAACUGGCAAAGAAUCAAACUGAGUCCCUCACCGAUCAAGCGUAAAGAAUCAGCGAUGAGCAAGGAAUCCUCCCUUCCCGAGCGCCCGGAAACCGCGACCCUCGACAAACCGUCCGUCUUGGACCCCAACCUGUCGAAAAAGAUCGACAUGACGAUUUUGUCUCGAGAAAACCUCAAAUACGUCAACAAUUUAGUCGUCAAGCCGAUACCGAAGAAGGCAUCCCUCGAGGAACAAACCCAGGCGCUGAACAGUCUAACGGCAGGACUGAACACCAUCAGCGGGCCGAACUCCUUAAUCGUCACAUCCGCGGAAUCCAGACUCAAAGGGGUGGCGAAAACCCCUUCCUCGUUCAACCCCGUGUCUCUGGACCCCCAAAAAAAGGCCGAACCGAAAUCGAAGAGAGACUCGACCCAUAUCUCACCGAGCCAACCAACCAGAGGCAAAACCGUUCUUCUGGAGAGUAAACCGCGGAUAACCUCGAAAAAGGCACCCGACGAGACACCGUCUAAGCUCUCGAAACUCUAUAAAGUUAUCAAUAAAAACUAUAGGAUCAGGACGAGUUUCCGUCGCGCGAAGGACAAAUCGAGCACGAGUAGGAGUUCUUCUCGCUGCGACGUCACGAGCCAGGACGAAUCGCGGUUAGCGAAGCCGGAGGCCGAGAAGCCCCACGGGGGUAAACUCAAGAAGGCGGGGAAGAAAUCCGGGGGCAAGGAGAAGAAGUCCGAAGUCGGGGCCCAGCGGAGACCCUUCGCUUCCAAGUUCAAAGGCCGCAGUAAGAGUCUGAAAAGGUCGGAGGAGGCGGUUAAGGGUAGUAAGAAGGAAAAAUUUCUGGGUGAGGCGCUAGGCGAAGGUGAGAAGAAGGUACCAGGAUCGUCAUCGUCGUCGCAGAUUCCGGUGAGGAGGACGAUGAAGGAGGGAACGGCGAGUGGGCCGUCGAGUCUGACCGCAGAGGAUCUGCGUCCGGUGACCCGGGAUCUGGAGAACGGGUACUCCUUGACCGAGUGGAUCCCGGUGCCGCCAUCUUCCGGCCGGAGACCCAGGCUCAUCACCUGCCGAUUCUGCUCCAGGGAGUUUGGUACAGCUUCCUACCCAGUCCAUGAGCCGAGAUGUAUGAGGUUAUGGUUGGGCGAACAAAAUAAAGACAAUAAGACUGAAGACGACUCUUCCAUUGGCCAAUCAGACCAAGGCAGUGUCUCAUCCCAAACUACAAAGGAUUCUCGAGGCAACAACGCAGAGAAAAAAGGGCGCGGAAAAUGUGGAUCGUCGAAACCUGGGACGGCGAAGAAGUCACCAGAUUCAGGGUCGGUGAGUGGUGUGGAAGAGACUGUUUCUCUGCUGAGCGUGGCAGGGGGGGAGGGAGACACCCCAACGCCGUCGACCCCUUUGGGGCGCCGCCCCCCAACUGUCCCCUGCCAGAUUUGCAACCGGGAGUUCGGCUCCAAGUCCAUCGCUAUCCAUGAGCCCCAGUGCAGGGGCAAGAUUCAGCGAGAGAGCCAACGGCAGCCUCCCCUCAAAAAACCCACCUCGGCUACCACCACGACGGCCAGCCCGGACAAAGAAAAUAAAAUGCAACAAGAUGCGGUGUCGGACGACUGGUUUUGGGAGAGUCAUCGGGAGCAGCUCAUCCCGUGCAAAAAAUGCGGGAGGACCUUCAAUCCAGACCGAGUCGUGGUUCAUGAGCGGAGCUGCAAAGGCCGCCUACCCAAGAAAAAAGGCCCACAACGGACAGGGACAGGACCGAAACGAUCGUGACGCAAUAAUUGUCAUUUACUAGCAUCAAAGCCUCGAAUCCCUACUUGAGUUACUAUUUUAGCUGGUGCCUGAUCUGCACCUUUGAAUCAGUGAGAACAAGAGCACACCAACUCGAAAAAAUGAAAAUA